UACUUGCUUCCACCCCCUGCUCCUCUCGGUUUGACCUUGCAGAUCCCCCAGCGCUACCUGAUGGGCCCCGGCCCCGCCAACGCCGACCCACGCAUCCUGGCCGCUCAGAGCCUGCCCCUGCUGGGCCACAUGCACCCGCCCUUCCUGAAGAUCAUGGAUGAGGUGCAGCAAGGCCUGCGGUACCUGUUCCAGACCGACUCCAAGUACACGCUGUGCGCAUCGGGCACCGGCCAUGCGGGCAUGGAGAUGGCCAUUGCCAACCUGCUGGAGCCUGGCGAGACGAUUGUCGUUGGCAACAAUGGCAUCUGGGGCACGCGCGUGUGCGACAUGGCGGGCCGGUUUGGGGCCAAGGUGGUCAAUCUGCAAACAGAGGCGGGCAAGAGCUUCAGCCUGGCGGAGCUCACAGCGGCAGUGGAGCAGCACAAGCCGGCGGUGCUGUUCCUGUGCCAGGGCGAGUCGUCGACGGGCGUGCACCAGAGCCUGGCGGGCGUGGGCGAGAUGUGCCGCAAGAACGGCACGCUGCUGCUUGUGGACACGGUGUGCAGCCUGGGCGGCGUGCCCAUGUAUGCCGACGCGUGGGGCGUGGACGCCAUCUACAGCGGCUCGCAAAAGUGCCUGUCGGCGCCGCCGGGCGGCGCACCGCUCAUGCUCAACGACCGUGCGCUGCAGAAGGUCCAGAACCGCAAGACCAAGGUCCGCUCCUACUACUUGGACCUGCACCUGGUGGGAGACUACUGGGGCUGGUAUGGCUCCCGCUCCUACCACCACACCGGCAUGGUCAGCAUGUGGUAUGCCCUUCGGGAGGCGCUUGCCAUUGUGGCAGAGGAGGGGCUGGAUGCUAUGUGGGCGCGGCACGAGGCUGUGCACAAGCAGAUGUGGGACGGCCUGCGCAGCAUGGGGCUGGAGCCGUUUGUGGAGGACCCCAACGACCGCCUGGUCACGGUCAACACCAUCAAGGCAAGGGCGGGCUGUUACGGCGCCGGGCGCUGCGUGCCCGCCGGUGUGGACUGGGCUGCGCUGUGCAAGAACGCCAUGGACAAGUACAAUGUGGAGAUUGCGGGCGGCCUGGGCCCAACCGCGGGCAAGAUCUGGCGCGUGGGCCUGAUGGGCUACAACGCCAAGCCCGCCAACGUGGAGCUGGUGUUGGCGGCCUUCCGCGACGGCCUGCAGCAGCAGAACUACCUGAAGGCCUGAGAUAGGGCUCCCAGCCCUCCUCGUCACCCCAACCGCUUUUGCGCAAUGCGAAUGAUUUGUUACCCAACUGCUCACUUUGCCAUUUAUUCCCUCUCUGGUCUGCUCCUCUGCUCUGCAUUGUUACCUCUGAGCAUG